AUGAUUUUUUGUUUGUAUUCCAAGAACACACUGGAAGAAAAGAUCUUAAAACUUGCUCAACAAAAUGUUGCUGUUGAUAGUAAGUUGAGUAGGUUGACUUGUGAUGCUUUGUUAAUGUGGGGUGCGAAAGAGUUGUUUAAAAACUUGGAGAAGUUUCAUAGUGAAUCUAGAAAGGAUAUUUCAUCUGAAGGAAACUUGUUAAAGGAUAAAUAUGCCCUUGAUGGAGAACAGCCGCAUGUUUUUUGGAGAAAUUUAUUGGAGGGAAAAUACCCACAAUGGAUAUUUGUACAUGUGUCAACUUCAAGACAAAGGAAAAGAACACAAUAUUAUGGUGAAACAUCGGACACAAUUGCCCCUGUUGUUGAUGCUGUAAAGAAGCGUAAGAAGUCUCCUGCUUCAAGGCAUAUAAAAUGGGGGACCGGAGGGGCAUAUGAAGGUGUCAAUAACGAGUCUCAGUCAUCUCCUGAGCUUCUACAUCCCACUGAUGUCAAGAACAAAGUGGACGGAUUUCUUGAUUUUGUUCUCAAGAAUUAUAAUGUCAGUAGGGAAGAUACUUCUACUCUACAGGCCUUCAUGAUAUCACUGUGUUGGAUUGGGGCCUCACUGGCAAAACAUAAAAUUGUUAGAAGGGAGUCUUUUGACCUUGCAAAAAAGCAAUUGAAUUUUGAUUGUAAGGAAGAACAGGUGAAUUCUGUUCACUUGAAGCUUGAAGAAGCUAAAGAGGAUUUCUUAAAGCAAACAGAGACAGAAGAGAAAUAUGUUGAAAUAAAAGAUUUGAAAUCACCACCUCAAGCUAUUUGGCACAGAGUCAAAGUCAACCGAGCAGAAAAUAUCAACUGA